AUUGGAUCCGACGUGGCACGCUGCACGACGUCCCAACGCUCCCACGCACGUAAUUGAAUGUCCAUGGCCGCCCGCUAGACCAUCUCGGCCGCCAGCACGACGAACCUCUCCGCUGGCUGCUCCACUUUGUUGCUGCCACGCGCAGAGACAGCGACACACCAUUACAGCAGUAUAUGCACCACCGACGGCCCAACCGCAGCUGCGACUCCACUUGAAAGACAGGACGCAGCCGUACAGUCAGACGUGAGCAUGGCUUCCGACGACGAAUCUCAUUCGCGGUCCAAGAGGCCAACGCCAAUGACCAGACAGUCGUCGUCGCAGUCGCACAUUUCGCAGUCGCCGUCCGAGGGGGGCCACCAGCGGCCUACGCACCACAAAGCCCAGCGGCACCAUGUUGUUGGCCAGCGCGUACAGAGGAAUACAUCGUUUGGCAAGAAUCUCAACAAGCUCAGCAAGGCCGAGAAGCAGGCACAGCAGGCGCAGCAAGGGGCUGAACACGGUGGCCGACACCACCGUCGUUCGCAGUCUGGUAACUCUAUCUCUGCGCCCAGUAGCCCUCACUCGCGGCCGGGCUUCAAGCGCCAUGCAUCAUCUGGUGCUAUCGUGAGAGCAAACCAAGCACAGGUGCAGGCCAACCUACGUAGAAAUCACUCGAGCGGUAAUUUGCCGCCGCGACAAGGGCACAGCAAACACGGGCUCAAGUCCAAGGGCGAUCAUGCUGUGUCGAGGCGCGCACUCGCGACACCCAACCGAUCUCGCCAAUCAUCGCCCGAGCCAGGUGCAGGAGUGCAUUUCGACCUCGCCAACGAGGACGAGGAUGGCGACGAGGCCGGAUGGACGGAAGAGAGUGCAUCUCAGUCACCAACAACAACUCGAUCCAACACGCGCUCCAACUCGGUCAUACUCGACGCACAACACCGGGCGGCUGAGAUCAACAUGGAGAGAAAUAGGGGGGAGCCAUCGAAGCAAAUAAGCGCAAUCCGGGAACAGCCAACCCAAGCGGCUCAGGUAGUUGUCGACCGGACAAGCAGCAUCACACAAAUCAACGGAGGGAGCUCGUACCAGCACUCGAGGCCUCCGGAUGCUGACAUGAUUACUUCACGUCUACUCCAGCGCAGUGCCUCGCAUCAUGUUCCUCCCAAAACAACAUCGGUCGCGGCCACGGUAGUGUCGUCGUCGGACCGGCACAAUCUCCUUAGCCAUACGGCUGGAUCUGUGGGAUCGACGCUGGUGGACACAUCCGGGCGCGACCUAGUAUCACGGUUCAUGGACGGUGAUGGUUCAGCAGGAACACCACACGAGGGCGAGUACAUGGCCGGUCGCGGUGCCAAGGACGAGGACGAGGGAGGCGGAUUGGACAAGAUGAAAAGAAACAAGUCAAUGCCAAACUUUAGUGGCGGUACAGACACGCCGUCGAAGACGCCGCAGCGGUCAGGCACGACGACACCUACCAACCUGCCACCGUCACGGACUCAACAGAAGCUCAUGUUGCAGCGAGCAUCAUCCAACGUGGAGCCGCAGAAGCUGGUUCCUGUGACUCUUCCACGAACGGGCGGGCCGACGUACCUUCAGUCGAGCAUACAGUACAAUGCAAAUGGUGAGGGACGACUGGACCCACGGCUGCUGCAGCAGUUUAACCACGUUGCGGUCGAGUACAGCGUAGUGCGAAGAUACCGCAACCCGAUUGCAGAUGCGGUUGCGCGCAUCUCGCAAAUGCCAGGCAUGGCAGUCAAGAUGCGGGCGUGCAAGCAGCAGCAAAAGGCGAAUGGAAACGGAACGGGAGCAAACAGUCUGAGCACGAGUUUCAAUGAUGGGAUCACUGAAACGGAUGGAGCGGGAUCACGGAGAUCGCGAGUCAGCUUCGAGAAGGUGAGGAGCAGUCGAACAGAGGGCGAGUUUGAAGGGCGGCAGAGCUUCGAGAGCGAGCAAGCGCGCAGUCGAAACGAAGCCGAGGAAAUGUGUCGGCGACUGUGGGAAAGCGCCGAAGUGGUUGAAGCGGACUGAAGGAUGGGCUUGCGCCGCCGAUCACGCAUGCAUUGCCGAGUCGGGCAAGGGAAAGUGUUUGCAACUAUCGUGAGAAGGUUGCAGGGAAGAGUAUUGUUUGGACAGGUGCGUGCGCCCACAUUUCCCUGAGCUGAGCCGUUGUGUUUUGAGGGGGGCUUAAUAAAUGAGGGAGGGCUUCUGCUUGGGUGUUUGUUUGGCGACUGAAAGCAGGAUGGUGUGUGAUAUUGUUUUGACUAGGGGCGGGGAAUGACGGCCGCCCUAAAACUUGAUUGAUUCAGAGGUCAAGUUUCCAAAGUCCCAAGGCUAACUACUGGGCGGUGACAGACUACGAAUGAAGAGGCGCCCUAUACAAAUCAGAGUUUGAACCCUGAGG